CUGUCGGUACUGGACGUCUACGAUGCAUGUACUCGUGGUGUGGGUGGCAUCAUUAAAGUGAUCACGGCUGUGAAACCUGAUUUUGUGAUCAUUCCAACCGUCCUGUUUCAGCUGGGUCUGAUUGCCAUGGGUCCGGCGUCUCAGCAAAUCCUGACGACCUUCUCGACGGAUUUGUGUACAUCUAUGUUUGGCAAUGUCUUCACAGUCAACAACGUCCAAAACCAGACCAUCGUUGAUACCGUGGACAUAUCGAGAAAUAUACACAAAUUAACCGAGAUCGAGGAAGAUUACUUAAUUCCUUUUGCUCUCAAACGAGCUGCUUACCACCUGGAUCCGCCGUACUCCUUCAUUUGCCCUGCAGAAGCUCUGAAUUGUUCUUACAACAGCGUGCCAAUUCUGUAUACCGUACCAGAAUGCACCCAAGGAUCACUGCAAACCAAAGUCGUCGAUGUGGCUGCUAAAAAUGUUACCACAUUGUAUGAUUUAUUUUCUUACAACUCAACCAUGCAGUUAGCCAUACUUCAGCCGCAGCUGCCACGGAUCUACUAUGCAGAAUCGAUGCUUGGUCGCACCGCUGCCGAACUUGAUGCCCUUCCACGCGUCACAUGGGGAACAGGCGCCAAUAUAACGCUUUCACAGUAUAUUGGCGAUCAAUCGUUUGUCGUCGCCACCCUUCGCAACACGACGGAAACGAAUUAUGCAAAUGCCAAGGAUGUAGUUGUACUGCAAUGUACGCUGCGUUCUUUCAGCACAGAAGUCACCUUUACGUAUGAUACCGCCGCCCAGAAAAUGUCCUGGAAGGAGGAUCGUAGCUUGCCUUUAAAAUUCGACUAUGAAUCUAUGGUUACAGAUGCCAACAAUGUAAAACCUGUUUAUUUGAACGCGUAUGGUCUUCAGAUCAGCGUGCUGAAGCAUCUCGCUUAUGACAAAAAGCGCGACAACAUGUUAUUCGACAUGGCCCGCACUUGGUCGAUCAAACACGGUAAAGAUGCAUCGUUCCUGGAAUAUUUCCAAGAUAUCCUGACACAUCUGGGAGUGACAAUUACCACGGCCGCCAUCACUGAUUUUCCCAAUUUUUAUACACGUCCGACAUUCUGCUUUCGCAGUCCGGUCAUGUACCAUUUCGAACCGUCGACGUAUUACGGCCUUGUAUUAUCACUUUUGGUGCCGUUGCUGUGGUGGGUGGUGACCUGGAUUACGAGCUUGUACAAAACCAAUGGAAUUUCCCGCGGCAACUCGCAAGUUGCUUUGUUGGUCACCGGGCUCACGCCGGCCGUGGCCGAAAAACUGCGAGGUUAUUCACAUGCGGGACAAAGUGCUCUUUUCAAACGGGCACGGCAAGUCCAAGCCGUGUUUGGCGAAACCAAGGCUGGCAGCGACCGUCGUGGUCAUGUUGCCUUUGGUACAAAGGAAGAAAUGAACAGCAUUCGUCCACGUCGAUCUUCCAUCGAUUCUCGCAUAUAAGUUUGUCAUGUCAUCCAUCAUUAUUUCAUAUCCGUUCAUAGUAAUACAAAGUCUAACACAGCU